AUGUUGGCCCAUCGGCCGAAUCGUGGAAGCGAUUCCCUUACAGCUCGGGACCGUCAGGAAAACAAAACAGUGGAGAGUUUCGAAUCAGUUCACUUCCACUUAGACGAACUCAUUCAUCAGCUAGAAACUAUAGAAGAGUCAAUCACGUUAGCUCGACACAACAUCCCCAGCAGCCGCAUCAUCUCUGCAGAAGAAAUAAUCUUGGCACAAGAGUUCUUGAAGAACAGCGGCGGCUUAGCAACAAACGCCGUCGACGACAUUCUGGAUACCUCCACCGCCUAUGUACUGUUCGAAGAGGAAAUAAUCUACACCUUAAAAGUUCCGAGGAUCAAAAACGUUGAGUAUACACUCAGCUAUAUCGAGCCAGUAAUUUCUGAUGGCCACCGGAUACAUUUGACCUCGACUUACUACCUCAAAGGACCAGGGUCUUUCCUGUCGAAAGAUCCUUGCAUAAAACACAUGCGGCAAUACGUAUGCGAUUAUUCACAGUUGGAGCCCCUCGACGAAUGCGUCCAACAGCUAGUACACAGCCGAUCCGCCAGAUGCCCAAUGGAAAAGAUGUACGAACGAAACAUCAUAGAUUCUGCCUUUUGCUCUCGACCGGAGUAG